CCCCCUCCGAGACUGUUAUGCCUUCCGCGACUGCGUCCCCCUCCGCGACUGCUACUCCCUCCGAGACGGUUCAGCCUUCUGAGACCGCAACCCCAUCCGAGACUGCGACCCCCUCCGAGACCUCUACUCCUUCUGAAACUUCGUCUGAAACUGAAGGACCUUCUGUGACCCCUUCUCCCACAGCUACACAAUCCGUCAUUUCCACCCUCACGGACAUUCCCACUUCCACAGAAAAUGUUUCUUCGACUGACACGCCGUCUUCCACGGAGACUGGUAUCCCCACAGAGACUCCUUCUCCAGAGUGCCCGUUUGGAUACAAGCCUGAUGUUCUGAUUUUCGAUGACUUCGCCACCACCGAGGAGCCAGUGAUUUCUCCCCCCACCCCGUUCGAGUACAAGAACUUCACCUUCGACGACGGAUGGCAACUCCUAAACUGCAACCAGUUGGACUACUAUCUGGACCAGACUUGCAGCCAGGAUACUAUCGAGGGUGCUCAGUAUCUCUCUCUUCAUUCUCGCAUCAGCAGCAACAAGCCAACUUUCCGUCGCAUCACGUUUGACAUCGAGGGAGACACCACUUCAUUUGUUCUCAAGUCGUUCAAGGUUUCCACCAAGCCUAUCGGCAGUAUCUCCAACAACGACUAUGCUGGCAUUGUCUACUGCGCCUGGACCGUCGAGGACCAGUACUACGUUGGAUAUCCGAGCGUCUGCGGUGACAUCAAUCUCAGCGGCCCUCAACCGUUCCAGCAACUGGUGGAACUCAAUUGGAGCAAUGUCGCAUACGUCGCUUUUGCCGGUGUUCAGAACUACAAGAAGCCUCCGACCUACAAGGAAGUUGCGAGCGCCUCCAAGGGUGCUAAGCCCGUCGAGUUCCAGAUUGACGACAUUCGUGUUUGCGUCCCGGAUGAUGAUGUUUAGAUUUUCAUUUGAUUUUCGCGUUCGAUGUUUGUGAUGUUUCUAAUGAUUCCGGAUGUGGGGUUCUCGGAGUGGUAGUAGGUGGUGGAUUUUGUUCAUGCAAUUAGUGUUUUUUUACGCCAAAAGCAUUGCUUUUACUGUGUAAUUCUGUGUUUGAAAAGUUUGUGUAAUGAUACGAAUGAUUGGUGCUCUUUGCACAAAUGUUUUGUCAAGCGACUGGAUUUCGAUCACGUAGUGUUGCCAUCGGG